CUCUCCGAAAAACUUCUCCUUCCUUCUCCUCCUUCGUCCUUCCUCCAUCCAUGGCGAUCCCGGCCGUAAGCACCGCCCUCCUCCUCCUCCUCUCCUCGGCCCUCGCCCUCGCCCUCGCCGUGGCUGCCGCGAGGACCGACGAGGAGGUCAUGGGCAUGUACGAGCUCUGGCUCGCCAGGCACGGCAAGUCCUACAACGGCCUCGGCGAGCGGGAGCGUCGCUUCCAGAUCUUCCGCGACAACCUCCGCUUCGCCGACGAGCACAACGCCGCCGCCCCCAACCGCUCCUACACCCUCGGCAUGACCCGGUUCGCCGAUCUCACCAACGAGGAGUACCGCGCCGCCUACCUCGGCACCCGGACCGACCCCAAGCGCCGGCUCGCCAAGGCCAAGCGCGCCAGCGAACGCUACGCCGUCCGCCCCGACGAGAUGUUGCCGGCCGCCGUCGACUGGAGGACCCGGGGCGCCGUUAACCCGGUCAAGGACCAGGGUGCUUGCGGAAGCUGCUGGGCCUUCUCUACCAUAGGUGCAGUGGAAGGAAUCAACCAGAUCUUCACCGGCGAGCUCAUAUCGCUCUCCGAGCAAGAGCUCGUGGAUUGCGACCGGUCCUAUGAUGCCGGUUGCAACGGUGGGCUCAUGGACUACGCGUUCCAGUUCAUAAUCGACAAUGGUGGCAUCGAUACCGAGGAGGACUACCCUUAUGUGGGAGUCGAUGGAACCUGUGAUGCGUCUGGGGUUAACUCGAAGGUCGUGAGCAUUGACGGGUACGAGGAUGUCCCGGCCUUUGACGAGAGAGCCUUGAAGAAGGCUGUGGCUCAUCAACCCGUGAGUGUGGCCAUUGAAGCUGGAGGCAGAGCUUUCCAACUUUAUGAAUCUGGUGUGUUCACCGGUGAAUGUGGAACUGCAUUGGACCACGGUGUGAUCGCAGUCGGAUACGGGAGGCAGCAUGGUGUCGACUACUGGCUCGUGAGGAACUCGUGGGGUGCCGCGUGGGGCGAGAGCGGAUACAUCAAGAUGGAGAGGAACUUGGCCAGCAAUUACUUUGGCAAGUGCGGGAUCGCAAUGGAGGCUUCUUACCCCGUCAAGACCACCCAGAACCCUGCUAGUAAAUAUUCUUCAAUGGGAAGCAGCAGUGGCAUCGAGCUCGUCAGCAGUUCUUGAAGCCCGGGAUAGAGGAAAACUUACGGAAAGGUGCAAAAUCAAUUGUCUUUGAGUUCGGCGAUCGCCCUGGGUUCACAUAAUUGUGUUAUAUUCCUUCCUGGAGGUUGGUUUAAGGAAGGAAGGAAGGAAUAUGGAUGCACAUUGGGCUGGUUCCCUUAUGUUUGCACUGUAAAUAGCUUCCAUUUCAUCGAUUAUUGAAUUUCCAAAGAAUUGCACCUGAAGAAGUAAUAGUUAUUGUAAUUGUAACUUGAAUGCCUGCUUCAAGUCUUCAAUCGAAAUUCCACUCUUUCACAUAUUA